GGUACAUCUGCCGCACCUACCGGGCGACCCUCGAGUCCCGGCCCCCUUUUUGCCACUCCAUCGCCCUCCCACCCUCCUCGGCGGAGGAGCUGCGGACGCUCUGAUUGGCUCCGGGGGAAGCGGGAGGCGAGAACAAUGGCCCCCUCCCCCCGUUAAAAAGGAAAGGCGCCCGGGCUCGGGGACAGGGACGCGCGUGCGGGGCGCAGUGCUGGGCUAGCAGCCGCAGGCGCCACGCGUGUCCGGAAGCCGCCGCCUGCAGGCGAUGGGCUGGGGGUACUGAAGGCUGCCAGGGCCAAGCACCGAGGUGGGACCCAGCCAGUGCGUUGCCCUUUCACCACGCCAACAUGCCCCGCGGGUUCCUGGUGAAGCGCAGCAAGAAGUCCACUCCCGUGUCCUACCGGGUCCGCGGCGGUGAGGACAGUGACCGUGCGCUGCUGCUGUCGCCCGGCUGCGGGGGCGCCCGCGCCGAGCCCCCAGUGCCAAGCCCGGGGCCGUUGCCGCCACCUCCGCCGCCAGCGCUCACGGAGCGCGCCCAUGCGGCGCUCGCCGCCGCGCUCGCCUGCGCGCCGGGGCCGCCGCCACCCCCGCCGGGCCCGCGGGCAGUGCACUUCGGUAACCCGGAGGCUGCGCACCCCGCGCCUCUCUACAGCCCCACGCGGCCGGUGAGCCGCGAGCAUGAGAAGCACAAGUACUUCGAACGUAGCUUCAACCUCGGCUCUCCGGUGUCAGCAGAGUCCUUCCCUACGCCCGCCGCGCUGCUCGCAGGGGGAGGCGGCGGCGCCAACGCGGCUGGUGGCGGCGGCACCUGCGGCGGAGAUGCUCUGCUCUUCGCGCCUGCAGAGCUCAAGAUGGGCACCGCGUUCUCCGCCGGCACCGAGGCGGCCCGUGGUCCUGGGCCUGGUCCCCCACUGUCCCCCGCCGCAGCUCUGCGGCCCCCGGGAAAGCGGCCCGCGCCUCCCGCCACUGUCGCUGCAGAACCGCCCGCCAAGGCAGCCAAGGCCUCGAGCGCCAAAAAGCCGAAGGCCAUCCGCAAGCUGCACUUUGAGGACGAGGUGACCACGUCGCCCGUGCUGGGGCUCAAAAUCAAGGAGGGCCCGGUGGAGGCGCCGCGGGGCCGUGCAGGGGGCGCAACCCGGCCUCUGGGCGAGUUCAUCUGCCAGCUGUGCAAGGAGGAAUACGCCGACCCGUUCGCGCUGGCGCAGCACAAGUGCUCGCGCAUCGUGCGCGUGGAGUACCGCUGCCCCGAGUGCGCCAAGGUCUUCAGUUGCCCGGCCAACCUGGCCUCUCACCGCCGCUGGCACAAACCGCGCCCCGCGCCUGCCACAGCCCGCGCGCCGGAGCCCGAAGCCUCCAGGGCCGAGGCGCGCGAGGCUGCGGGCGGCGGCAGCGAUCGGGACACGCCGAGCCCAGGCGGCGUAUCCGAGUCAGGCUCCGAGGACGGGCUCUACGAGUGCCACCACUGCGCCAAGAAGUUCCGUCGCCAGGCCUAUCUGCGCAAGCACCUGCUGGCACAUCACCAGGCCCUGCAGGCCAAAGGCGCGCCGCCGCUGCCGCCCCCCGCCGAGGACUUACUGGCUUUCUACGCUGGGCCGGAGGAAAAGGCGCCCCAGGAGGCCGCGGGCGACGGCGAGGGGGCCGGUGUACUGGGCCUGAGUGCGGUCGCCGAGUGCCACCUGUGCCCAGUGUGCGGGGAGACCUUCCCCAGCAAGGGCGCCCAGGAGCGCCACCUGCGCCUGCUGCACGCUGCCCAGGUGUUCCCCUGCAAGUACUGCCCGGCCACCUUCUACAGCUCCCCGGGCCUGACACGGCACAUCAACAAGUGCCACCCGUCUGAGAAUAGACAGGUGAUCCUCCUUCAAGUGCCCGUGCGUCCAGCCUGCUAGAGUGCGCCCUGGGUCCGGGCCCCCAGAACUGUGCCUUCACUUGGAGACCCACAAAGAGGGCGCGCCCCUACGUCUGCUCUGAGGUGCCCCCACCCCCAUUCCGGGGUAAAAGUGUAGUCUUCGCUUCUCUCGGUGUGGCGUGAUGGUAACCCUGGUCUUCUCGCUGUGACUCCUUUUGGACCCCACCCCCUUUGCGUUGUGUCCCCCACCACCACCCAUGGUGCAACAUGAGUCCAUCUCUUUCUGUACAGGGGAGGAAAAAAAAAAAAAAAGCUGUACGCGUUUGUCUCGUGGUUGGAAGCCUCCCCUUGAGGGGCGAAGCUGUUUUUCUUUCUAGUAUUCGCUGUGUUCAUGGUGUAGAAAAUGCGGUUUGCUCUGCUUACCAAUCUCGCUCUCGAUGUUUGUAGCGUACGGGUUGUUUUGGGUCAAUCUUGAGGAAUAAAUGCCUUUAUAUUUCACAGGCUGUAAAUUGAACUUCCUACACUAUUAGCUUUAUUAUGGCUUGUGAACUGCUGGAGUCUGGCUUUACCUUUUUGUAUGUGAACAAAUCAAAUUGUUUAAAAAAGAGUUUUCUUUAGUAUAGCCACAAAUGCCUUGACCUGGUGUCUGUUGGGGAUUGGUUUUUAUUUUUGUUUUGUUUUGUUUUUUUGCGGGGGUGGAGGGGUAAGAAUUUUCACAAGAUUCUGUAGUAACUGCCUCAAUAUUUCACGGAAGACGUUUGGUUUGAUCAUUCACUGUUGAGGCAGGACUGACUAUAUGAGCUCCCUUCACACGUAUAUGUGGAUUUAUGCGUAAUUGUUAUUUAUUCUUUAUUUAUUUAUAUUAAUUAUGAAGAUUAUGAUAUUAUUUGAUUGCAGAUUCUUCUUUUGUGUGUGUGCAUGCGUGCGUGUGUGUGCGUGUGUGUGUGUGUGUGUGUGUGUGUGUGUGUGUGUGUGUGUAAGCUUCCCUCCCUUACACUUUUGACAUUUCACUGUGCAUUUUAGGAAAGAACCUUUUUUCUAGAGGAGUCUGCUGAGAGUUUUAACUUUUCUAUCUAUCUAAGGGAAUUACAAUGUACCAUUUUAUUCUGCUUGAGGGGCCCCAAGGCCCUUGUACAACCGACAGCUCUUACUUUUAAAUGCAAUCUCUUUUCUACAUACAUUAUUUUCUUAAUUGUUAGCCAUUUAUAGAAAGCUUCGAUAGAACUGUUUCAACUGUAUAAAU